CAGUUAACUGUAGAAUCAGACAACCUUUUAUUCAAAGGGUUAAACGUGACUUCUCUCCACCAAGAAGCCGGCGUUGACUACUUAUAUUUGGAUUCAACUACUGGGGUUGAAUUUAGUUAUGAUUCCAGAGAAAAAUUCUUGUAUUUAUCUAAUGCUAACAGUUAUCGCUUCAGUAUCGAUGGAAAUAACCUUGCUAAAAUGGGUGUAAAAGGUGCUGACAGAACAGAUAUAGAAGUUGGUUAUUUUUUUUAUGAUGGCUUCAUUGAAGGAUUCUAUGCAUGCAACAAUAUCAAAACAUCUUAUCAAUAUAAU